AUGACCUCUCGCUUGAAGAGUCUAGGAUUCGGUUCCAAGCGAAAGAGUAGUGCCAACAUCCAAACCACCUCGGUCGCUUCACCCAACGGCUCCAUCUCCACCGCUGCCACCACGCCGCCUCCUCCCAAUUCCUCUCAGACGAGUCUCCCUCCAUCUAUGAAUCAGCAAGGUGCCCCUGGCAGGCCACCUAGCUAUUCAUUCAACAGCGCCCAAGGUCGUCCUCAGUCGCCUAUGCCCCCGCCCCCAAACCAGAUGGCGCACCACCCACCUCCCAUUGAUACCAGACAGAGCUACGUUGGUGGAAAUCCUCAGCUAGGCCCGCCACAACCGGCGGGAUAUGGAGGUGCAUAUAAUCAGCAGAUGGGUGCUCAGCCGGGCAUGCAACAUACACAACAAUACGCUCCUGGUCGUCCAGCCGAAGUAGAGGGCGGUGCCCGGAGUAAGGCUCAGCUUAUCGUCGGCAUCGACUUUGGAACAACGUUUUCGGGUGUCGCUUUCGCCUUCGCAACAAAUACAGAAGCAAAGGAGGAUAUAAUAACAGAAUGGCCUGGCGCAGGCAACCAAACUAAACAAAAGAUCCCAACAGUUCUUUACUACGAUCAAUACCAGAAAGUGGUGGGCUGGGGCCCAGACAUCGCCGAUGCCCUCGCUCCCACUGGCUACCCUAAGCCAGGUGUGCAAAAGGUGGAAUGGUUCAAGCUGCAACUGAUGCUCUCCGGCAACACCUACAUAGAUCCCAUCAACCUUCCUCCUCUUCCUCCUGGAAAAUCCGAGAUCGAUGUCGCCGCCGAUUACCUCUUCAAACUUCGACAAGCCAUGCGCGUCCAAUUGCAAAAGACGCUGGGCGAGGUGUUCAAUCGAGAAGAGCGCAACAUCCGAUACUUCUUGACCGUACCUGCCAUCUGGAAUGAUGCGGGCAAAGCUGCGACAAGAGCAGCCGCCAUCCAAGCUGGUUUCAUCCGCGACGAAAACGACAACAGACUCACUCUCAUUACCGAACCUGAAGCCGCAGCCAUGUUCUGUUCCAAAACUGGUCUCCUCAACCUCAAGAUCCAUGACGCUGUCCUGAUCGUCGAUUGUGGUGGUGGUACUGUCGAUCUGAUCGCCUACGAAGUCGAAGAAGAAACUCCUUUUACCGUGGCGGAAUGCACAGCUGGAAGCGGUGACUCCUGUGGUUCAACAGCUCUCAACCGGAAUUUUUCCAACAUCCUACGCGCCAAGAUCAGGAAAAUGAAGCUGCCGGAUGGUUCAAAGACGGCGGGCAGAGUUUAUGCCAAAUGCAUCAUGGAUUUUGAGAAUCGAAUCAAGGCCGAUUUCCGCAACAAUGGGCAAAAAUGGGCCGUGGAUGUUGGCAUCGAGGCAGAGUUCCCCGAAGCUGGCAUCGAAGAAGGAUACAUGACCUUUACCAACGAAGAAAUCCUCCAGUGCUUCGAGCCUGUCGUCAAUCGCAUUCUCGAACUCGUACGCAAUCAGAUCAUCGCCAUUCAAGCACAGAACAGAUCGUUACAGAACGUGCUUGUGGUGGGUGGGUUUGGUGCGUCCGAAUACCUUUUCCAGCAGAUCAAGUUGCAUGUGCCCCCACAAUUCCAGUCCAAGGUCGUUCGGCCCAUGGACUCAGUCGCUGCUAUCGUCAAGGGUGCUGUGACAGCAGGAAUCACGGAAAGAGUCAUCACUUCACGUGUGGCACGACGACACUACCUUAUGGCAACAUUACAACCUUUCAAGGAGGGUUAUCAUCCAGAACAAUACCGUGUACCCAGUCUCGACGGCAAAGAUCGAUGUAAGUAUACUCGACAGAUUUUCGUCCAGAAGGGCGAAAGGGUCAAGAUUGGUGAGCCCGUCAAGGUCUCCUUCUUCAGGCAAGUUGCGCCAGGAGCCACCUUGAUGUAUGAGGAUAUUUUGUAUGCUUGUGAUGAGGAUGUUUGCCCUGAAUACACAAAAGAUCCUCGAAUCAAGGAGGUCGUCACACUCACUUCAGACCUGUCCAGAAAGAAUCUCGAAAAGGAUUUUGAACGAAUGGACACGCCACAAGGAACCUUUUACCGCGUUUACUUCGAUAUCUACCUGACACUGGACGGCUCAGAAUUCAACGCCGAAUUGGUUUGCCAAGGAGAGGUCAUGGGACGAUGUUCGGCCAGAUUCAGAUGA